CACUAAUAACAAUAAAGGAAAAAUUGAAAACCAGUUUCUCUGUCUCCGAAUAUUGUCAAUGCGCGAGAAAAACUGAGUGUAGCGGACGUGGACGUGUCCCAUUGCUAUCAGUCCUCCUCCUGCACUGUGAUGGACAAGUCGAAGGAGAUGCGCCACCAUGCUGCAUGUACAGCAGGCAGCAGAAGACUACGGCAAACUGCUGCGGCUAUCAUAGCCAAUUUAUCCGGCAUCGCAGGUGGCAUGUUAUCAGCCUGGACAGCACCAAUAAUUCCCCAACUGGAGAAAGAAACGACUCCAGUUGGUACUCGCCCAUUAACGCAGAAUGAAAUCUCAUGGCUGGGUUCAGUGACAGGACUGACGUCUUUAAUUGCCCUGUUAUUCUACGCAGUAGCAGUGAAGAAGAUCGGUAAUAGAAUAAUGGCCUGGACAAUAGCUAUUUCCGCUGCCAGCAGCUGGCUCCUCAUAUACUUUGCCCAGGAUUUUUACUACCUCUUGGUAGCACGUGGCCUAGCUGGAUUUGUCUGUGGUAUAACGUUCUCCAUGAUUCCGGUCUACAUCUGCGAAAUUGCUGAGGACUCGAUCAGAGGCCAAUUGGGGAGUUUCAUGUCCUUUGGCUUCAAUGUGGGUACCCUGGCGUCGUUUGUUCUCGGCGCCAAAUUGUCUUAUCAUGCUUUUGCGUUGUGUGGACUGGUUGUGCCGGUGGCAUUCAUCAUAGGAUUCAUUUUUCUUCCUGAAUCACCGACACAUCUCCUGAGGAGGGGGCACGUCGACAGAGCUACGAGCUCUCUGAUGUGGCUGAGGAGCAACGACAAAACGACAGUUGAUUACGAAUUAAUGCAGAUCGAGAGGCAGCUCACGAACAACAUCGGUAAAUCAGCUGGUUUGAAAGAUUUAUUCAGAGACAGAGGAACGUUUAUGGCAUUGAUCAUAUCAGUGACUCUGUUCGCUGGACAACACACCUCUGGAUAUGCUAUUUUGUUCUCCUACACAACUACAAUAUUCGACAAAGCCAAGUGCUCGGUGGAUCCCGAUCUGGCAUCAAUAAUCAUCGCUGUUAUCCAAAUCAUCGGUUCAUCGACGUCAUCCUUGACAAUAGAAAAUCUGGGAAGGCGAAAGCUGGUGAUAAUAGCCUGCAUGGGAAUGAUAAUCAGUCACUUCGGUUUUGGAACAUUUUUGAUCCUCCAAUCUCGCCACUACGACUUGUCGGCGGUGUCCUGGCUGCCCCUGGUCACAAUGUCCAUCUUCGCACUGGCCUUUUGUGCAGGAUUGGGCCCACUGACCUCCACAGUCGCAUCGGAAAUCUUCAGUGCAGAUAUCGUGAGCCUCGGCCUGUCAGUCUCUCUCUCCACUGAAUUUAUUUCCAAUUUUUUGACAACACUAGCUUUUCCCUCGAUGACUGCUGUAUUUGGCAUGCACGUCAGCUUCUUCAUCCUGGCAUUAUUCACGGGUUUCACACUUGUAAUUAUAUAUUUCCUUCUGCCUGAGACGAAAGGACGAUCGAAGCUGGAUAUUUUCGAAGAAUUGAAUGGACAAACAAGGAAACGUGAGUUCAGGUCUGUACCUCUCGACGAGGAAAGUGUUGAGAAGAAUGAGUUCUUGCAACAAGCGAUUGAGUGUAAUGGACUGGCCGUUUGAAUUUUCCCGCCCCAGGGAUGAGAGCUAUUCCGCACAAGUGUGAGAAAAUUCAUGGAAAAUUCCUGAUAUCAAUGACUGAACUCAGAGUUCAGCAGCGAAGUGGUAAAACGAGAAGUCACUUCCGACCGUCGACGGUUUUUGACGAAUAUCUCGAAAUUUAGGGGAGAUAGAAAAAUUUUUGAUAGAACAUUUUUUGUGGAGAAAAUCGAGCUCUAAAACAAAUGUCAUUACGAAAAUUCCGCUACUCCCUCGAGAUUCUGAGAUAUUCCCUAAAAAUCCGGCUUAGAAGUAAGUUAACGAUAUUGUUUUCCCACUUCGCUACCGAUUUGACUCUGCGCUGAUAGCAGAAUUCGGUUGAUAUUACCGCGGUUCUUGUGCAGAUUCUGACCUCCCGAGUUGCUAAAUGAAGUUGUCAAACACUUAUUAAUCAUUCACGUCAAAGCCAACUGCGUUUAUCUUAAUGAAAUCCACAAGAUCGGCCGAUUACUGCGCAUUUGGUCCAUCUAAAUAUAAUAUUUCAACUAUUUUUCAAGGCUGCUGCAAUUCGUACGAGAUUUUCAUCGUCAGAAUGAAUGAACAUUUAUAGACAACUUAUAGGACAUUUCUAAUAACUCAUACACUCACAGUAUGAGUUCAGUUUAGGCAAUUGCGGAACAUCACUUCGCACCGAUAUUUUCCUCAUCUUUUUUCCGCCAGAUCGUUUUACAUUGGGAAAAUGAUAUGCCAUCUACAGGAAAAAGGAAUUUAUUAUCAUAGCUGACGUAAUUGUUGAGAUGUUGAGUAGUCUGUAAUGAAUAAACCACAAUGUUGUUAUA